AUGGAAACCAUAGAACAAUCACAAGAUGUCAAAGGAGACAUUCCUUCAAUUCCUUUUUCACCACUAUACUCACCACCUACAAGUCCAUCCAACUCGAAACCAUUCCCUUCUGCUUCACAAACUACUGGUAGACCAAGGGUCAAUGCAUUAUCAGAUCUAAUAGAAAGUGAAAAGGUUUAUGUAUCAGAUUUGAAAACUAUAUUACAGCGCGUAACAUCCUGCUGGGACAUUGACAAUUUACCGCCAACAGAAAUAGAUAAAAUGUUUCGUUUAAUUGAAGGCAUUUAUAAACGAAAUAGAAAAUUUUGCACGAAACUUGUUAAAAUUGGUGUAAACCCUAAUAAAGAAUUAGGUGAUAUACUUAUGACAUGGAACCCUCUUUUAGUAUUUCAUAUAUACUAUGUUAUCACAUUACUCAUAAUACGGAAAAAUGAAGAAGAAAAAAUUUUCUUAGAAAAACCAUCCUAUCACGCAACAUUAUUAACACCGUCAACACAAUUACUAGACGACGAAAAAAAUAAUCAUCCAACACAUACAAAACAUCGUAAAAAAACGCGAAAUUAG